CCCGCCUUUCUCGUGUGAGAAAUUACUUUAUUCCGGGCAUUUAUUUAUAUUUUUCCGUCACAUGGACUUCUUGGAUCCAAUGUGAGGUGUCGAGACCGGUUGCAUCUCGUUGGAUCAUGAUGGGGAUUUAAAGAGGGACAGAAGAAAAACAGAGGAAAACGGACUUGGUGUCUUUCUCUCUGCAUCUCCUCAGCUGCUCUGAGAGGAUCAUGCAACACCUUAAGCCAUGGCGAGCUCUGCUCCUUAUAACGGUGUUGUGCCAACCGGGAAUCUCAGACAAAUACGGUUGCCUAUUUGAGAGAAGACUGUGCACGAGGGAGCAGUUCUGCUCUGAUGAUGGGCUGUUUGGUCAGUGCCGUGGCUCCAAGCAGGACCAGGUCCAGUACCAGGUGUCAAUUCCUGUUCUGAAGAGGAUGCAGGAAGUCCUCAAACAGCUCAUGUUACAAGGGCUUUCCUGGCAGGAUGACAUCACCCAGUAUAUUUUAUCCAAGGAGCUGAAGAGAGUUCCCCACACCACCCGCCCCUCUAAGCCUAGCUCGCCCUCUCCCCCCUCCUCUUCCCAGUCCAAACAGCAUAACCACCAUCACAGUUCUAAAUCAGGGUCCAUGUCUGCUGCUGACAACUAUCUGGACUACAUGAUUGUUGAGCCCCCUCAGUCGCCACUACGCAUGCAGACGGCCCCUAUGGACCCAUACACAUACCACCAGCACAGGUACCAAGAUGAGGUGGAGAGAUCCCUCCAUCCUAUUGGAGGUGCUGUUGGCUAUCCCCGCCCCCCUUCGCGAUCCCAGACCAAUCAGCGAGAGCGAGAGCGAGAGCGCGACAGGCAGCUACUGCAGGAAGCCAUGUCUCUCUACCUGGCGUCUGUACAGCCCUCUUAUCGCCACCGAGGGGCAGCUCCCAUGGCACCUGCAGGUCUGCCUUAUUAUGAAGACUUAGAGCUGGAGCUGCCAGUGGACUAUGUGGAAGACUACACCCUGGAGGAGAGACAUGGUACUGCAGCCAUACAGCAGCCGCAGCAGAAUAAGAAGGUUCCUCAGGACUACAGCACACUGACUGGACUCAAUGAUGGCUUGCUUCAGAGGAUGUCAGGCGUGUUGCAGAGGUACGGAGUUGACCCCAGAGAGCUGAGUCCACAGCAGCUCUACAGGCUGGCCCUCAUACUGCAGCUGAUGCAGACUGAAGACAACACAGAUCCAUAUGAGAAAGACCUCAUCACCCUCAAGGAGACCCAGCUGUUAAAAACAGACAGAGUCUCCAGUAAGCCGGAGAAGCCUGCCUCUACUGCUAAUACCCCCGCCGUCCCCUCCUCUGCCCCCGCCCCGGUCCCAGCUCCUGCCAAGACCCCCAACCUCGCCCCUCCUGCCUCCCAGACUCCCCAGGCCGCCCCUGCAGAGGCUGGACAUGGCCCCAAAGACCAGGAACUACCGCUGGUGGAGGGGACAGGAGGCAAAGAGGAGUAUGGAUACAUUGUUACCAACCAGAGUCCUCUUAGCUUGUACGAUGGAGUGAAGCUGCUGGAGCUUUUGGCUGACAAAAUACACCUGACCACCAGCAGCUUCAUCAACAUCAGUGUUGUGGGCCCUGCACUGACCUUUCGUAUCCGCCAGAAUGAACAGAACAUGACUGCAGCAGAGGUGGCUGCGAAAGCUGUAUCUGAAAAGAACUUCCUGGAAUCUGAAACAGGCCUGAAGAUUGUACAGACUGGCGUUGGAGAGAGGACAGAUGCACGAGGUCUCCCGCAGGUCACCCGGGUUUCCCAGGGCUCCACUGGGACAGUCAUCACCCUUGUUUCCAUGGCAGUUGUAGGGGGAGUGCUUGUAUUAGCCAUGGCAAUUGCAUGCCUCCGGCACCAUGCUCACCAACUGGCCAAUGGCAAGCUUGGCCUGGGGCCGGAGGGAGGAGCAGAGACACACUUUGACUACCAGGAGCUAUGUCGACAGCACAUGGCAUCCAAAUCCUCCCUGUCCCGCCAGGACUGUGUGGGUGCGGGUGGCAGCAUGGUGGGGUCUGCCAUAGCUGGAGGUGCUGGCGGUCGAAGGGGCACGGACACGUCCCGAGUCAGCAGCGUUUCCUCCCAGUUCAGUGAUGGUCCCCAGCACAGCCCCUCCUCCACCCACAGCUCCACCCCAUCCUGGAGCGAAGAGCCAGCCCAGUCAAAUAUGGACAUUUCUACUGGUCACAUGAUACUGGCGUAUAUGGAGGACCACCUGCGUAAUAAGGACCGCCUGCAGAAGGAAUGGGAGGCGUUGUGUUCCUACCAGGCUGAGCCCAGUUCAGUCGCUGUGGCUCAAGAACCGAGCAACAUGGAUAAAAACAGACAUGCUGAGUCCCUACCAUAUGAUCACUCUCGGGUGAAGCUGAAGACAGAGCUAAAUCCCAAUAAGCAAGAUUACAUUAACGCCAGCACCAUUAUUGACCAUGACCCUCGCCUGCCAGCUUAUAUCGCUACACAGGGACCACUGCCUCAUACUGUCGCGGAUUUCUGGCAGAUGGUGUGGGAGAAUGGCUGCACAGUGAUAGUGAUGAUGACAGCUCUCGUGGAAGAUGGAGAGAAACAGUGUGAGCGGUACUGGCCUGAUGAGGGCUCCUCUCUCUACCAUAUCUAUGAGGUCAACUUGGUGUCAGAGCACAUCUGGUGUAAAGACUUUCUGGUGCGUAGUUUCUACCUGAAAAACAUCCAGACCCAGGAGACCAGAACCUUGACACAGUUUCACCUGCUAAGCUGGCCGGCCGACGGCAUCCCCACUUCCACACGGCCGCUGCUCGACUUCCGCAGGAAAGUAAACAAAUGCUACAGAGGUCGCUCCUGCCCAAUCAUCGUUCACUGCAGUGACGGCACAGGCAGGACUGGGACCUACAUCCUCAUUGACAUGGUGCUGAACCGUAUGGCUAAGGGAGUGAAGGAGAUUGACAUCGCAGCCACACUGGAGCACAUCAGAGACCAGAGACCUGGCCUGGUCCGCUCGAAGGACCAGUUUGAGUUUGCCUUGACAGCAGUGGCUGAGGAGGUGAAUGCCAUCCUGAAGGCCCUGCCACAGUGAGCUACAACACCUGAGGACACCCACCCACCCACCCACACACACACACACACACACACACACACAUAGAGACAUGCAUGCAUAUACUCCCAUACAUACAUACACCUGAAGUCAUGUAUGCUAGGCCAUCACUGUAAAUAUGAAUUUGCUCUGCCCCGCACAGCAGAACAAGCUCAGCACUCACUGCUCUUGGUUUCAGCACACAGCAGUUUCCCAUCAACCUGGUCCUCAUGAUUUUAGGAGUUUUGCAACUUAUUAAUUUUUCUGAGUCAUUAAAUGAUUUUUGGCACUAUGUAAAUAAGAACAGAGUAUGACCUUUAACCCUUUGUGGGACAGAUCUGAUCCCUUAAUUUAAGCCCUGAAUUUCUCCCCGUUUGGACAAUAACAAGGUGAGGCAAUCAGAUCUGUUCUGAUAUAAAGAAUGAAAUGAAAAUAAAUCUCACAUGUUGUGCCUGUAUGAAUCUGGCUGUAACGUCCACAUCAGCUUUUGCCUGAUUGUCAUUAUCACAGGAAGCUGUGUGGUCAUAGAGCUAGAGAGGAUAGAAUAGACCCUCCUACAUACUAAGAUCUUUCUUAGCAUUGAGGAAUGUCUAUUCUAAACUGAAAGUUUUGUUAGUGCAAUGGGUUGCAUCUGUGCAUGUGCGUAUUUAACGUGACAUCCUCCUAUGGUCACUGCUUGGCUAGUCCAGCUAAGAUGGCUUAGAUAUGUAUGAUAGUGGCACUGAAACAAGAGUUGGCACAUUUUCCACCAAGGCAGACAAAUCAUUUGGCCGAUGUAAUCAACAACUUUUGCGCAAAUUAAUGUUUAAUGCUGUAACGGGUUUGUCAAACUUCUGAAACAGCCAUCUUGUUGAUGCACAGGGAAGUUUCUAUCCGUUCUAAUUCUGCAAGCGCAGUGUUAUGUGACCACUCAGAUACUGUGUGCUACUGUCCUCUAGUGUUUGCAUUGAUUUUUAGCAGGUUUCUAUUCAUGAGGCUCGUCUUUGCCUUGACAAUAUGAUUGUUUGCUUUAGCAGUGAUCAUUUUGUAAUGGACCUACACUGACGACCAAGCCCAGGUCGCUCUCUCUGGCUUUCUCUUUUGUCUCGCUCUCUCUCUCUCACACAGUCACACACGUUGUUUUGGUUCUGUCCUUUAGUCCUUCAGUGUAAAACAUUGUGAUUAAUGUAAAUAACUCACCUCGAUGAUUGUGUGUUUAUUUCAUGUAGCAGACAGAUAGAAAAUAACUAUAAAAAUGUAUUUUUGACUUAAUCUGAAUAAAUUUGUGAUGUGAUGCAGCAUAGAAAAGCUUUGAGUGUUUUUUUCUUAAUUUCCCAACAGCAGAAUUUGGCCUUUUGAUGCCAUUGGACUGCUGAAGAGAUGUUUUGCAUUU